AUGCAACCCUUCCGAGGAUCUAUCACAAAUCCAAUUGCUGAGCAACAUGCUGAUAUCUAUGGGUACCAUCCGAUGUUUGGGGAUUGGGAGUAUUCCAAUGGACAACAGGCUUUGCUUGAUCAGCUUGAAUCACCAUCUGAUGGAGAUGUGAAGACAACUAGUUUUUCUCUAUUUUCUGACAGCUAUCAGAGAUGUAGUUAUGAACAGCCACUGUCUGUUGGAAGUGUGAGGCCAGGCUUCGGUUCUCAACCUUCUAAUAGCGAACAGGGAUAUAGUUAUGGAGAACCGCCUUCUGUUGGAGCUGUGAGGCAAAUCUUCCUUUCUCAGCCUUCCGCUGGCGAUCAGAUAUACAGAGAUGGACAACCACCGAGGUUGAAUGAUUUAGGUAAAAGAGCCAAAAACAAAUCACAAAAAAAAGAUGGGUUAUUCUUUCUAAAAAAAGCUUGUAAGCCCCUUAUGAACAUUUUAAGAAAAUUGUUUACUCCCCGAAAGAAAAUUCUCUACUCUCCUGUACCCUAG